GCUUUAAUGCAGUUGGUGGAGGAAGUGAGUCAUAUCCUACUGAUAGUAAUCCAAUGCGGCUCGAAACGGAUCAUUUGUGAAACUUAUUUUUGCUCCCACUCCCGACGUAAAACUCAGACAACAGUUAACCAAACUUUGGCUUUGUCUGUGCGUUGGUAGAGGCUCUAAAGCACCAAGGAAUAUAGCUUCAGUUUCGCUUCAAAGUUGCAGAUGCAAGAGGUCAGUGAGGCCUGCAACCCUGAUGAUGACAUGGUGGAUGGAGACCUGGGUGAUGGAAUGGUAGUCAGAGCAGCACCCAGCUCCACAAGGAAGAAGAGCCAAGGCUUAACUGGUGUUACAGAGACUCUGAUGCCUGGAGCAGAGUUACGUAGGCACAGCAGCCAGAAAGGAGAGGCAGCCUGGAUCCCAGGACUGAAGAUUGCAGAGAUGCGACAAAGAGCCUGCAGGAAGCUAAUAUGCUUAGCAGACUCCAUGGUGGAGCUGUCCAAAGACGAGCUGAAAGACAGACUACAGGAAGUAACUGAGGUGAUAGACGUAUUAUGCUGUGAGGUGGAGGUGGCACAUCGUUACCUUGAAGGCAAAUAUGAAGCUCUCAAGAUCUUACAAGGAAAGGCCAUUCUUGACAAAGCAACGAGUCACACCAAAAGUCUGUUGCAAAAAAAUGAGGAGACUGCCAAAGCUCUAGAGAAAGAGGUGAACAGCUUGCAGUGGGAACUCAGCUUCAACCAGGUCCAGAUGAAGAGGUCUCAGCAGUUCUGGGAGCAGAAAUACAACAGAAUUUUGAAUGAGAACAAGACUCUGACUGAUAACCUGGAGGAAGGUGCGAGUGAGAUCCAGCAGCUUCGAACAGAAAAUUCUGCUCUAAGCCGGCAGUGCUUGGAACUUCUCUCCAUGUUGAAUGUGAAGGAACAGAGAGCUUAUCAAGGAACCAAACCUCAAUACAGCCCAGAGAGAGACGCAAGCGUUCUGGAGAUGGCAGUGUUGGGAGCUUGCCGGUGUCUUGGUGUUGCUGAAGCUUGUCCAUGCAGUCGGACUGCUGCUGCCAGCAGGAAACAGCUCAUCCAGCUGCAAGAGGAGCUGGAAGCUCAGUGUGCAAGGAAAGAAGAAGCAUUGAUGGUUGCAGAUGCUUUUCGCAUUGCCUUUGAACAGCAGCUGAGGAAACGAAGCGAGCACUUCCUGCUGCUGGCUGAGGCCAACAUCGUAAAAUCCCAUCAUGACAAGGCUGAAGGUGCUAACAAGAGUCCUCUAAUCAGGGUAAGCCAGAGGUUGAGAGGACUGCUGCCUUCCAGUUUGGAGGUGAAGGUGCCUGAUGAUCUUUUAGAGACUCUCUACAGACUGCUGGACUUGCUAAAUGACAAGGAGGAGGCCCUGGCCCACCAGAGGAAGGUUAGCAUCAUGUUAGCCCACAGUGCUGAGGAGCUGCAGAGAAAGUUGCAUCUAGAUUCACAUUGCUGGCCAUCAGACCCAUCACAGUCCAGGAUUCCAUCAAAGCAGCAACAAAAACCAACAGAGAACCAGAGCCAGUCUCAGAAAACAUCUGAUACAUCAGAGCUGAACCACAAGCACACCACCAAAUAGAGGUACCAUAUUCCCAGCUUCAGCCAGAACAACAACCAUAUCUUCAAAAAAAGUUUUGCAGACCUAUAGUUUGUUGAGACAGUGAAGUUGUUGUUGUUUUUUUCUUAAACUAGGUAUUAUUCAUAUAAAAUGAAGUACUGAUUUGCAUCAACUGGAUUAAAAAAAAUCUAACAUUGUAAUAGUUUAGGAAAAGUAUUUUUUAACUGUGUAAAUCUAAAAUAAUAACUUGGUUUCAGCGAGGGGAAAUUAGAAGCAAGGCAGGUUUGGUAUUUUCACUGGAUCAACAAGUUGGGUUAUUUAUAGUUAAGCAUUAUGAGAUGAUUAUUUUGUAGCCAUGAAUAUGCAUAAUAAUAGUUGCACGAAUGACCAAAGCAUAACUGAUCAAACAGACUAUUUAAAUGGUGGGUGAAUAAUGAUAACUUGCACACUUUGGAUAUUCACAGUUUUUCUACAACUUGUUUUCUGAUACAGGAAUGUAACAGUUUCAGAAAAUAAAAUUUGGAAAUUUUUGUGUUGUUUGACUUGUGUACUUGAUCACUUACAUGGAAAUGUGGAAAUAGAAUAUGUGGGGGGGUUUUUCUUGUUUUUUCCUUUUUUUUCUGUAAUAUUCAAAAAUUGUCUCUCUACCUAAUGGUAUUGUUGAAUCAUCUCAAGCCAAAGCUUAGUGUACAUAUUAAACACAUUUGAAUACAUUUAUUUACUUUUUUUUUUUUUUUUUUUUUAAAUUCUGAACUAAUUAUUUUAAUGAUGAAAAUACUGAUGGGUGAUGAUGAUUAAUUAAUUAAUCUUUAUGAAUUAUUUUUUUAGAGUGGUUACUAUAGGAUUAGCCCAUCUAAAUUACCACAAUACUAUUCCAUGAAUCUUGAGUAGUAUGUAGCUGUUACUCUUGUUGAUCCCCAAACAUCUCUGUACAUAAUUUUCAUCUAAACUACUUGCUAUACAGGAAGCUGACCAGCUGAGGGCAGUGUUUGUCUACAAAUGUCACUCUUAGUAUCAGAAUUGUUUCUUUCAGCACACAUACCCUCUAAUCCAUCAUAAUGUGUUAAUGAUUGAUCCAUUCAUCUAGUUUGUGUUAUAUGGAUUACCCCACCGAUGGAAAAACAACUCACACUAACUCCAGACUCAAAUUAACACUGAUAUGAUCACACAAAUAUAAAGAAUUAUCCUUGCAAAUGUUAUGUUUGUGUCUGUAGUUCUUUUCUGAAUUAAA